GACCUCCCCGCCCGGCGAGCAGCGACGUUCUCCCGACGGCCUCGGCCUCCUAGCGGCGGGGCCUCCGCCUCGAUUCCCCGGAACGGCGGCCCUCCGGGGCCGGAUUCUCCCGCUUCUCUUUUCCAGAACGAGGCGGAGGAUCGUUUUUCAACUCUUACCGGAGCUGAAGUCCAUCCUUGAUAAUUACAGCCCUCCCAGCCUGAGAGCUAGAAAGCUGCAAGGUUGGCUUUUGUCCUAAACCAUUUAUAACUAUGGACUUGCCAGAUGAGAGCCUGUGGGACGAAACCACCUGCAACUUGGCUGCUUGUCAGCAUCCACAAUGCUGGGCAGCUAUCCGCCGGAUUGAGAGGGGCCACCCUCGAAUCCUGGCCUCACCCUGCAAAACUCCUCUGGAUGUUAACAAUAAACUCCCAGAGCUUACCAUUAUAAACCUCCCAGAUUCCUGCUUCAAGGCCAAGAGAUGUCCUAAUCGUUGUUUACCAGGACUUACCAUCACUAAGCCUCGCUCUUUAUUGUCUCAGGGUUCAAAGUCUCACUCCAAAUUUCAAGGCAGGCCUUGCAACGACUUACCUGACAAAGAUUGGAUCAGCAGUACUAAUAAAUCUCCCAAAGCGAGUCACAGAUGGAAAAAGCUUCCUGUGCUAAAUUUGAAUGAGACCCAACUUCCUUGCCCUCAAGAUGUUGGAAAUAUGGUUGUAAUCUGGAUCCCAAAAGAAUCAGAGGAGUAUGUGGGUCCAGCUGAGCAGUAUACGGCUCGCAGCCAGGGCCGGAGGAAGAGAAGGAAGACACCUGCAGGGAAGGACAAGUCAUCUCUGGUUCUCCCUGGAAAGCAGGACAUAGAAACACAGUUGAGAACUUCAGGGAUAAAUGUGCCUCCCUCCUCCCCGGUACACUGGUUUGAGCCACUAAGUCCAGAGCUCCUACCUACCUGGAACCAACCUGACUCGCUACCUCCGGACCUACUGAAUGAGCUUUUGUCAGAUGAAGGGAAAACCACACCUUGUCUGGAGAUGAAGACACAAUUGGCCAUGAUGAAAAAGAAACCUCCUCUAGAAAAGAGCCGGCCUGACAGUGCCAUUUCUGCUCAGAUGUUUCUGUCUGUUCACCGCCUCACCCUGCAAAGACCAACGUUGAGAUAUCCUGCACAUUGGAGGAAAUUAUAUUAUAGCCUGAAGACAGAAGGCCGUGGGAGGCAGCGCCAGCAGCAGAGGCAGCAGCAGAGGAAGCUGAAGAUGCCUGCUAGGAAACAGGAGACUAAAAAGAAACCCAGGAGUGACCCAGGGAACCAGAGCACUUCAGGUCACAGAACUCAACCAGGUCAGGAAAGUGACAAAAAGCAGCAACAGAUGAAGAACAAUGGCCCCACCUUGAAACAGGAUUCCACAGAGAGACCGCAGAUGGACUAUGCUGAGAACUACCUGGACUCCUCCCCCAGUGAGCAGAGUCAGCUGAAGCUGUCGAUUGACGCCCAGGACCGGAUGCUGCUGCUCCACAUCGUGGAAGGCAAAGGUCUGAUGAGCAAAGAUCCUGGCAUCUGUGAUCCCUACGUGAAGAUUUCUCUGAUCCCCGAGGACCAUGGACUGCGCUGUCAGGAGACACAGACCGUGCCCGGCUGCAGAGAGCCCGUCUUCCAGGAGCGCUUCUUCUUUCCUGUCCAAGAAGAAGAGGAACAGAAACGCCUCCUGGUCACUGUGUGCAACAGGGCAGAUGACUCCAGACAGAGUGGACUCAUCGGCUGCAUGAGCUUCGGAGUGAGGUCUCUCCUGACUCCAGGCAAGGAGAUCAGUGGCUGGUACUACCUUCUGGGGAAGGACUUGGGCCGGACCAAGCACCUGAGGGUGGCCAGGCGGCGACUGCGGCCCCUGAUAGAUCCACUACUGAGAAUGCCAGGAGGUGGGGACACUGAGAACAGGGAAGAACUUAAGAUCACCAUCCCGAGGGGAAAGGACGGCUUCGGCUUCACCAUCUGCUGUGACUCUCCGGUUCGAGUCCAGGCUGUGGAUUCUGGGGGCCCGGCAGAGAGGGCAGGGCUGCAGCAGCUGGACACUGUGCUACAGUUGAACGAGAGGCCCGUGGAGCACUGGAAAUGCGUGGAGCUGGCCCACGAGAUCCGGAGCUGCCCCAGUGAGAUCAUCCUACUGGUGUGGCGCAUGGUCCCCCAAGUCAAGCCAGGACCCGAUGGAGGGGUCCUGCGGCGGGCGUCCUGCAAAUCGACACAUGAUUUCCUGUCACCCCCCAACAAGCGGGAGAAGAACUGCACCCAUGGGGCCCAGGCUCGGCCUGAGCAGCGCCACAGCUGCCAUCUGGUAUGUGACAGCUCAGAUGGGCUGCUGCUCGGAGGCUGGGAGCGCUACGCCGAGGUGGCCAAGCGCGGGGGCCAGCACACCCUGCCUGCGCUGUCCCGGGCCACUGCCCCCACCGACCCCAACUACAUCAUCCUGGCCCCGCUGAACCCUGGGAGCCAGCUGCUGCGGCCUGUGUACCAGGAGGAUGCCAUCCCUGAAGAAUCAGGGAGUCCCAGUAAAGGGAAGUCCUAUACAGGCCUGGGGAAGAAGUCGCGGCUGAUGAAGACGGUGCAGACCAUGAAGGGCCACGGGAACUACCAGAACUGCUCAGUCAUGAGGCCACACCCCCCACACUCGAGCUAUGGCACCUAUGUCACUCUAGCUCCCAAGGUCCUGGUCUUCCCUGUCUUUGUUCAGCCUUUAGAUCUUUGUAACCCUGCCCGGACCCUCCUGUUGUCAGAGGAGCUGCUGCUGUACGAGGGAAGGAACAAGGCUGCUGAGGUGACACUCUUUGCCUAUUCGGAUCUGCUGCUCUUCACCAAGGAGGACGAGCCGGGCCGCUGCAACGUCUUGAGGAACCCCCUCUACCUCCAGAGUGUGAAGCUUCAGGAAGGUUCUUCGGAAGACCUGAAAUUCUGUGUGCUGUAUCUAGCAGAGAAGGCAGAGUGCUUAUUCACUUUGGAAGCGCACUCGCAGGAGCAGAAGAAGAGAGUGUGCUGGUGCCUGUCAGAGAACAUUGCGAAGCAGCAACAGCUGGCGGCCUCGCCCCCACAGAGCAAGAUGUUUGAGCCAGAGGCGGAUGAGAAAAGGGAGAUGCCCUUGGAGGAAGGGAAGGGGCCAGGUGCCGAGGACCCCCCAUCCAGCAAGGACCCCUCUCCUGGCCAAGAGCCUCCUCCAGGACAAGACCUUCCACCCCAUCAGGACUCCGCUUCUGGCCAGGAACCAUCUCCAGGCCAAGAAUCCCUGUCCAGCAAAGAGUCACCUUCCUGCAAGGAACCCUCACCAAACAAGGACUCCCCACCAUGCCAGGAACCCCCUGCAGCCCCAGCGCCCCCUCCCUGCCAGGACCUUCCUGCUGAGCAAGAGCCCCCUCCCAGCCAAGAGCCUCCGCUCAGCAAAGACCUCCCAGCCACCCAGGACCCUCCAGCUCAAGACCUUCCUCCAUGUGAAGACCUGCCCCCAGCCCAGGUCCGGCUGGACAUUGCAGGGGCAGAGGGGGGCAGCUCGGGGGAUGAAGAUGGGGAGGAGGCGGAGGAGGGGGAGGAGGCGGAGGAAGACGACGAUGAGGACACGAGUGACGACAACUACGGGGAGCGCAGCGAGGCCAAGCGCAGCAGCAUGAUCGAGACGGGCCCCGGCGCCGAGGGCGGCCUGUCGCUGCGCGUGCAGAACUCGCUGCGGCGCCGGACGCACAGCGAGGGCAGUCUGCUGCAGGAGGCGCGCGGGCCCUGCUUCUCCUCCGACACCACCCUGAACUGCUCCGACGGGGAGGGCGCCGCGUCUUCCUGGGCCAUGCCUUCGCCCCGCACCCUCAAGAAGGAGCUCGGCCGCAACGGCGGCUCCAUGCACCACCUUUCCCUCUUUUUCACGGGACACAGGAAGAUGAGUGGGCCCGACACAGUUGGGGAUGAUGCCGAAGGCUCCCGGAAGAGAAAGGGCAAAAACCUAGCCAAGGACAUGAAGAACAAGCUGGGCAUCUUCAGGCGGCGGAACGAGUCCCCUGGGGCCCAGCCAGCAGGCAAGGCAGACAAAGUGAUGAAGUCAUUCAAGCCCACCUCGGAGGAGGCCCUCAAAUGGGGCGAGUCCUUGGAGAAGCUGCUGCUUCACAAAUAUGGGUUAGCAGUGUUCCAGGCCUUCCUUCGCACUGAGUUUAGUGAGGAGAACCUGGAAUUCUGGCUGGCAUGCGAGGACUUUAAGAAGGUCAAGUCUCAGUCCAAGAUGGCAGCCAAGGCCAAGAAGAUCUUUGCCGAGUACAUCGCAAUCCAGGCGUGCAAGGAGGUAAACCUGGACUCAUACACACGGGAGCACACCAAGGACAACCUGCAGAGCGUCACGAGGGGCUGCUUCGAUCUGGCACAGAAGCGCAUCUUUGGGCUCAUGGAAAAGGACUCGUACCCACGCUUUCUCCGCUCUGACCUCUACCUGGACCUCAUUAACCAAAAGAAGAUGAGUCCCCCCCUUUAGGGGUCACCAGGGUAGAGCUCAGCGUUCACACCAGGAGGGCUGGGCUUCCUCCUACAUCUCCCUCUCCCCCGCGACGGAGGGGGCAACCAAGCCCCCAGAGGCCACGUCUCCGGACAGACAGAUGGACAUUUGGAUGAGAGGCUUGGACCAAGAGAGGCCCAGGCCACUGGAGGAGAGAAGGACUGGCCCUGUUGGGUCCCCGCUGCCCCGGUACGAGGGGGCCCAAGGGCCCCGGCAGGUCAGCGGCCCUGGCUGAGCCAGAUGUGGAGCUGCUGCUCCCUGCUGCAGAGACCUCACAUUGACCAAGUUCCUUAAAGAACUGGCUGAUGGGGCAGGGGCAUGGCCCAGGCUCCGGGGCUCUCCAGGGGGGCCACUGGGGCUCGCAGCUAAGACCCCUGCCUUGAGUUUUAUUUAUUUAAACAGUAGUAGGAUGCUUGGCAUGUCUUCCUGUGACAGGAAACCUUUGCCUCAUCAGUUUUCCUAAUUUACAAGUGCAAUAUUUUAACCAAUGCCUUGUGAAAAGCCACCUUGCAGAGACAGUGGACGUCAUUUUCCAGUGUCAGGGCUUUGCUGGUCCCAGGCACCCGAGGCAGGCUGCUGGGCCUUCUGGCCUGAGGAGGCCUGGAGGGGCAGGUGAUGUAGUCUGACCUCGCACAGAAAUCCAGCCCCUCGACUAAGGAGGUCCCUUAGGGGCCCUGGGAAAGCAUGACACCCUCCGACCACACAGCAGCCAAGUUCUGGAGCAAAUAAAAGGCCUGUGUUAUUUCUUGGUUUGGA